CUUCUUUCUCUUUCUCUCUCUUACCUAAUUUCAUUUUUAAUUUUUUUUUAUCACAAUUUCAAGUUCAGUUUGUGUUUCUCCCUGACAUGACCCACUUCCCACAUCGUAUUCACCAUAUACGUAAGACAAAAAUCAAUGGGCAGUAUUUGUUGGUAAAACAAUAUACGUUUUUUCUUUUAAGAUUGCGUUCAUACCCUUUUGUUCACAAGAGGAACAUGCAGAUACGCUAAUCAAACUAUUACCACAACACAACAGCAUCAAAAAGCCACGCUUCUGUUGAGUCAUUUUAAUUGAGUCACGAGGCGUUUCAUCGUGAUCAUAUAAAUGUCUUGUAUGGUUUGAUUUGACGUGGUGCAUGUGAGUUUAAUGGUUUUGGGGAUGUUGGAGUUUGCUUAUCCAUGAUGGUUGUUAUGUUUCCAGAAAUGGAUUUUGUGUUUUUUUGGUGGGCAUGACAUGAGAUGAUGGAGGAUGAUGAAGAAGAGGAUCUAUGUGAUUUCUCUCUCUCUUCAUGAUGGAAAAAAUAUUUGGAAGGUUUUUGAAAUGGAAAACGAAAGAGGAGAAGAGCAUGAAGCCUUUUCUCCUGAAAUGUGGUCUUGCUUUGGCUCUUACCUUAGCUGGAUUUCUCUACUCUCACGUCAGAACCAAAAGAAUCAAACCCUCUGCUACUUCCCCCAGGGGCCACCCUUCAGAUCAUGGAAGCGAAGUUAAUGUAGGAAGAGGUAACAGGGUUGCAUCUAGUUUUUGCAGCACUGUUUCCGAGGAAAAUAUGUUGGAUAAUGAAGAAACAUGCAUCAACAAGGUGAUUGGUAAAAACUCCCCAUUGGGUCUCUCUCCAAGAACUAAACAUAGUGGAGAGAAAGAUGAGUUCCUCCUGCCUGAGUUUAAUGAUCUUACCAAGGAAGCAGAGUUUGAAGGCACUAUUUCAGGUAGUUCUUUUAAGAAAGAAGUAGAAACGCCAAGGUCAAGAGUAGGAUCUCCCAUGGCAUAUACAAGUUUUGAGAAGGAUGAUUAUGAGAAAGAGAUCAGGAGACUCAGGAGCAUGAUCAGAAUGCUUCAAGAGAGGGAAACAAAUCUCGAGGUUCAAUUGCUUGAGUUCUGUGGCCUUAGAGAGCAAGAAGCAGCAGUGAUGGAGCUCCAAAAUAGAUUGAAGAUAAGCAAUAUGGAGGCAAAGAUGUUCAAUCUAAAGGUUGAGACCUUACAGUCUGAGAAUCGGAGAUUAGAGGCACAAGUGUCUGAUCAUGCAAAACUUAUGUCUGAGCUUGAGAACGCAAAAGCAAAAGUCAAGUUUUUGAAGAAGAAAAUCAGGUAUGAAGCUGAACAGAACAGGGAGCUUAUCAUAAAUCUUAAACAUAAAGUUUCCAAGAUGCAAGAUCAAGAACUGAAAGCUGCUGCUAGUGAUCAUGAGAUUCAAAUAAAGCUGACAAAGCUAAAGGAUCUCGAGUGUGAGGCAGAACAGUUGAAGAAAUCUAAUUUGAGACUGCAGAUGGAAAAUUCUGACUUAGCUCGAAGAUUGGAUUCUACUCAGGUCCUUGCAAAUGCUGUUCUAGAAAACCCAGAGGCAGAUUCUUUGAAAGAAGAAAGUGAGCGUUUUAGAAAAGAGAAUGAACGGUUGAUGAAAGAAAUGGAGCAACUACAUGCUGAUAGAUGUUCAGAUCUUGAAGAACUAGUUUAUCUACGGUGGAUAAAUGCUUGCUUAAGACAUGAGCUACGAAAUUAUCAACCUCCAUCUGGUAAAGCAGUUGCAAGGGACUUGAGUAAAAGCUUGAGUCCUACAUCUGAGAAAAAAGCCAAGCAGCUUAUACUUGAAUAUGCAAAUAAUGACAGGCGAGCCAGCAAUUCUGAUUUGGACUCUGACCAAUGGUCCUCUUCCCAGGCUUCUUUUCUCACAGAUUCUGGAGAGCGUGAUGACUAUUCUCCUCUAGAUAAUUCAUCUGAGGCCAAAGCAAACAAUACAAGCAACAAAGGCAAGUCAAGGAUUUUUGGCAAGCUUAUGAAGCUGAUACGAGGCAAAGAUGGCCCGCAUCAUCGUGUUCGAAUUCCAUGUAAAGGAAAAGCAAUGUCUCGAGAAGAUAGCAAUACUUCACAGUUCAGCUUGAGUAUACCAAAUGGAAAUGAUACUGGAAUUGAGGGUCUUCGGAGUGAGAAUGCAACUCCCGGUGCCACAUCUAGAACUUCCUUUGAAUAUAACCAGACACAGAGUUUGAAGGAUGAAAGUAGGAGAAAUUCGUAUAGCCAUACUCCAGGAAGCUCAAAGAAUUUGAGUCCAAGGAGAAGAAGUUCAGUGGAUUUCAAAAACCGCGUUGAUUCUUUCUCAGAAUCAUCUGGCAUGGACAAAUCUAAUUUGGUGAAAUAUGCUGAAGCUUUAAGAAAAUCAGAUGAUACUCCCAAUCAUAAAUCGCAUAGAAGAUCAGCAGCAUAUAGUUCAUUUUAACUUUAUAGCCAUAUGCAAGGAUUUUACCUCAUUCCAACAGUGAAUAUUACAGAUUAGCAGGUUAUUUAGUAAUAAAUUCUGAUGUACAACAUUAGUCUUUAGGAGCUGUUCAAAUUACCAUUAAUUAGACAAGGAUGCAUUUAUAAUCAAAGGCAUGCAUUUAUGAUUAGUAAUUCAAUUAAGAGUAAGAUAUGGGAUUGAGUAGCAUAUGCGUCAUUUUAAA